AUGGCCGAAUUUCCCACCGCUGAACAGGAUGGCUUUCGAGUGGAAUACUAUUUCUUCUAUGGCACCCUCAUGGACCGCACCGUCCUAGCUAGUGUCUUGCAACAACCGCACAGGCCCGAGGUCUACACCGCCAGAAUCAGAGGAUGGCAAUGCAGGAUGUGGGGAGACUACCCUACCCUCGUCCACGGCCCGGACUACACCGUGAGCGGAGUAGCAUACGAAGUCCGCUCUCUCCGGGAUCGAGAUCGCCUGAUCGUCUACGAAACGGAUGCAUACUCGUUAGCAAAUUGUUUGAUCGAGUUUGGGCAUGGAAGGUCUGUCCAGGGUAAGACGUUUGUCUGGAACAACGAUACGGAGCUUCUUCGACCGGGCACGUUUGAUCUUAAGGACUGGCUACUGAAACAAAAGGAGUUCGAGGUUCAUCUGCAUUCAUCUUAUUCGGUUCUAUCACUAUGA